AUGAGAUUGGCUCAUCUUUAUCUGACGUACUCGAUACUGCUUUUAGUUUUCAUAAAUUCGGAAAAGCAUUUCCACAUCGAUGUUUUCGUCGAAGUGAUUAUGGACAUUCGAAAAUUUUAUUCCGCAGCGACUGUUAUAUUCACCCAUCCUGGAGACGAGUAUGGUGACUAUGGCGAUCUGCAAAUUACGCACCUGGUGCAUACGUGUUCUCGUCUGCUAGGCCGGAACUACGUGGUGACUCUGGACGUGCACUUUAGAAAAUUAUGGAGAUUGCUCAGAUAUCGCCAUCAAAUAGUGCAGCCCAUCAUCAUCGUUAUUAUGCCCGAUUUCGAUGCAUACCUGGAAUUCGCAGAGGCUACCAAUACCUAUCCCAUGUCUUUCCCGGUGUGGUUUGUGCUGUUCCUUUUCACACCAGCCAACAAUACUCACGAUCAUUGUCGCCAGCCGAUAGGCAAUCCUUUCAACCUGGCAUUCGACACGCAGAUGUUGGUAUUAUGCCACAACGAAGAAAUUCUACAAGAAUGGUACUCGGUCAAAGGCGAGACCACCAAGAUUUUCGAUCUGGCAAAGUGGGAGGAUGAUUUGGGAUUCGUGCCCUUGACAAACUUAUCCCUCUACGAUCGAAGGAACGACUUGGAGGGAGUUGUCUUGCGAACUGUCACAGUCAAGGAUAUACCGCUUUCUUCGAGAUUUGACGAAAACUACGUGGGCAGUUUGUACGGAAAAGUGGUAGAUGAGCUCACGAAUUCCCUCAACUUUAGUUUGGAUGUCGUGUUGGCAUUAGACGACCACGGCAUGUGGAAUCACAAGAAUCAUACUUGGUCCGGAGUAAUGAAUGAGAUUGUAUCAGGCCGCGCGGAUUUUGCUAUCGCCGAUAUGUCGAUGACGAGUUUGCGGGUGCGUUUCGUCGAUUUUACGCUACCCUUGAUAAUAUCUAAAAACAGCCUAUUCGUCAGGGAACCUGGGAUAUGCGGCGUCAAGUGGCUCGGUUAUUUUCAGACGUUCAGUUUGCGUAUUUGGGUUGCGAUUAUCACGUUAAUAGCUGUUGCACCGUUUCUGCUAUCCUUCAUGAAAUUGUGUCGUGAAUCUGGAAACAUUAUGGAUUUGAUUUCCGACAAUUUUCUCUACAUUUGGGGUAUCUUCUGUCAACAAGCACUUAUAGCGUUUCCGAGAUGUUCAUCGAUACGUAUUGCGUAUUUUACGAUAUUUUUAACGGCAGUAUUGAUAACGGCUCAUUAUUCAGCGGCAUUGGUGUGCUUUUUAACGGCUUGCAUUCGCGUUCUUCCUUUUCGUUCGAUAGAUGAAUUUGUGGAGGAUGGUACUUAUCAAUUAAUUGUUCCACGCGGCAGUGCCGACUACGACGUAAUCUCCAUUUGCCAUGAGAAAAAGGUUGCUUAUAUGAUAUUGGACGCUUUAAAGAAAAGCGUCGAAAUGAGAAUUCCUUGCAAAUUGUCCAGCGUCAGCACUGAGAGAAUAGAUAACCUGGGGAUGAUUCUGUCCAAAGACAAUCCCUACACUAGCGUGAUAAAUUACCAUUUACAGAAAUUUUUGGAUAACGGGAUAAUGAAGCGUUUAAAGGAUAUGAAAUUCUUGAUACAAUCAACUGAAAGCAAAGCUUACACACCGGUUCGCAUAGUUAGUAUUGUCCCAAUCUUGGCGAUUCUCUGUGGAGAUUUUAAUAUGACGUCACUGCUGCACACAUGGUCGCGUGACUUCUCACGACAGAGGAUCAUGACCGCGACUAUAACCUUCUCGGAUCUGGUAAGUGAAUACGACGAGUACCAGAGGACCAUCGCCCGGCCACUGUUUGUGGUUCUUCUCGACACUGGGGAGACCAUGAACGAAUUUGUUGAGGUCACGAAGAACGUUAAGCCCAUCUCUUUUCCCGUCUGGUUGAUCGUGUUCUUGCAAUGCUCUGGAAAACCGCUCGAGAAGUAUUGCCGACAUCCCGCUGAUAACAUAUUUAACGUAGACUUCGACACGCUCAUGUUAGUCCUGUGUUAUGAUCAUCCGAACCUGGAUGAGUGGUAUGCUAUUCGCGACAAUCGCACCAGGACAUUCGAAGUGGCCACGUGGGCCACUGAUGGAAAUCUAGUUUUCAAAACGCGGGAAAAUAAUCUCUAUGCCAGGAGGAACGACAUGUUUGGCGACAUCAUACGCGUAAUGCCCGUAAAUGAGUCGGCAUUUUUCUCGAUGAAGAACGGAGCGAUCGGCGGGUUUUUUGGUUUACUGCUGAUAGAACUCAGCGAAGCGAUGAACUUCACGUUGGAGGUUCUGGAUCCAAUAGAUGCGUACGGCAGUUGGAAUCAGCGGGAGAAAAAGUGGACCGGCGUGAUCGGUGAAUUGGUGAAUGGCAGAGCUGAUAUCGGCGCUUCCGCAUUCACAAUAACAGCAGACAGACUAAAUUUUAUCGAUUUUACAUUGCCAUUGAUACAUUCGCGAUCUCGUCUCUAUUUUAAGCAACCCACCAGAGUGCAUUGGUCUGGAUACUUCACGGCAUUUAGUUACGGGAUUUGGAUAAUGUUAGCGACGGUAAUAAUAAUUGCCUCUAUUCUGUUAAGUGUUAUAAAGGUGAAAGGGUUUUCAAUGAAUCUACUAUUCGAAAACUAUGUUCAUGUUUGGGGUAUUUAUUGUCAGCAGGGUUGGUCAGUAAUAGUCACAUCCGCUUAUUCCGCCUCGUUGAUCAGUUUCCUGACACUGACUAAGACCAACCUGCCUUUCUCCACUUUUGAGGAUUACGUUAAAGAUGGUUCUUAUAAAUUAAUUGCCAUAACAAACAGCGCCGAGUACAAUAUGAUUCAUCACAUGAAGACUCCCAUAUUUCUGAAAAUGCACCAAUUGCUGGAAGAGAAAAAACAUUUGCCAUCUACAUUGCCAGAGGCAUUUAAACAAAUUUGCGAACGGAAGAACUUGGCGCUUUUUACGACAGAGCUAUUUAAAAGUGUCACGAACAUUUAUUUGACGUGUAAAAUCAGACAUAUCGAGAGCGGAAGAACUGAUAGUUUAGCGAUGGCUCUAACGAAGGGAAAUCCUUACACUGGUCUUAUGAAUUAUAAUUUACGGCGAUUUCAACUUAAUGGUGUCAUAAAUAAAUUGAAAAGCAAGCAUUUUUCAAGAAGUAAUAAACUGGAAAUGAAUUAUAAUGUGGUUAGUUUAGAAGAUGUAACGCCGACUUUAACAAUAGUGGCAGGAAGUAUAAUCCUGGCAUUGUUUAUCUUGAUAAGCGAAAAAAUGUAUCAUUCUUUGAACAUUCAAAGGUUUAAAAGAAUCGAGUUAAAAAAUCGAGAUAAGUUCUUGGUUGAAAAUCAUAAAAUCGAAGUAAUAAAGAAUCUAAAAUUUCAACAAUAUUUUGAAUAA